GAAUUUUGAAAAUUGAACAGAAGUAAAAGCUACCGAAGAAGUUGCAGGUGAUGAUGGGUCGGGUGGAGGCAACCCAUUAAUAACGAAGUGUACAGAGUCCAAAACAGACACUACAGCAAUGGAGGAUUUGCAGAGUGCCCUGCAGGAUCGUAACUUGUCAGUUUCCACUAUCCCAGAAAAGGGUCGUUCUCUCUUUGCAAUAAGGGAUUUCAAUCCAGGCGAGGUUAUUAUAAGUCAAGACCCUUAUGUUUGUGUUCCAAAUAACUCCGACCAAAAAAGGUGUGAUGGAUGUUUCGCCACAACUAACCUUAGCAGGUGCUCAAGUUGCAAACUUGUAUCCUAUUGUGGAACUUCAUGCCAGAAGUCAGAGUGGAAGCUGCAUCGUCUUGAGUGUGAGGCCCUCUCGAGGUUGGACAAGGACAAGAGGAAAUCUGUCACACCAUCUAUACGGUUAAUGGUGAAACUUUAUGUUCGAAGGAAGUUGCAAAAUGACAAGGUCAUCCCAAGCACUGCUACAGACAACUACAAAUUGGUGGAGGCAUUAGUGGCUCACAUGUCUGAUAUCACAGAGGAGCAGCUGGUGCUAUAUGCACAGAUGGCUAAUCUUGUAAACUUCAUAGUACAAUGGCCUGAAAUCAAUAUAAAAGAGAUUGCAGAAAAUUUUUCCAAGUUUGCAUGUAAUGCACAUACCAUUUGUGACAGUGAGUUGAGACCCGUGGGAACAGGAUUGUAUCCUGUUAUUUCUAUCAUCAAUCACAGUUGCUUGCCCAAUUGCGUAUUGGUUUUUGACGGAAGGUCAGCAUUUGUACGUGCUGUGCAGCAUAUACCCAAAGGUACUGAGGUAAUGAUAAGUUAUAUAGAGACUGCUGGAAGCACUAUGACACGACAGAAGGCUCUCAAAGAGCAGUACCUAUUCACUUGCACAUGUCCCCGGUGUUCUAAAGUGGGUCAGUAUGAUGAUAUUCAAGAAAGUGCAAUUCUAGAAGGAUACAGAUGCAAAAAUGAAAAAUGUGGUGGUUUCUUGCUUCGCACAUCUGAUGGAAAUGGAUUCCAAUGCCAAGAAUGUGGAAUGGUUAGGGACAAGGAGGAGGUAAAGAAAAUUGCAAAUGAAAUAAAAUUGCUAUCUGAAGAAGCUUCCAAGUCUUCCUCCGCUUGCAAUUAUCAAGGAGCUAUUUCCACAUAUAAAAGUAUUGAGAAACUGCAAACAAAACUCUAUCAUCCUUUCUCAAUCAACUUGAUGCAAACUAGAGAGAAGAUUUUGAAGUCAUUAAUGGAGCUGGAACAUUGGAGAGAAGCUUUAGCAUAUUGCAAAUUGACCAUACCAUUCUAUCAAAGUUUGUCCAAGAGUGUAUCCGGCUGUUCACCCUCUGCUCGGUUUGCAAUAUUAUACUUGCGGAAAACUAGAAUGGUAUCUUGGAGACACAGAGGAAGCUGUUAAAUCACUGACCAAGGCUGUGGAUAUACUACGGAUUACUCAUGGCACUAAUACACCUUUCGUGAAGGAACUCUUGAUGAAAUUGGAAGAUGCCUGUGCUGAAGCGUCUUACAAACUUUCCUCUAGAGUAGUAGAAAAGUAGCAUGUUGAUGAUUACAAUUUUUGCUUCUUUGUAAAACCAAGAUAUUGAUUAAAAUUGGAUUGAGGAAUGCUAGCAAUAUUCUAACACACUUUC